AGGCUACCCUAGGACCCAGAAUAAUCUGUAGCUACCAGCUGCGUUUCUUUUGCACAGGCUGCCAUCCAUUGCGUUUCAUUGUCAAGGACAGAGAGCAAGCGGGAGGGAGAGAGAGAGGAAAAACAGAUAGGUAUCCAAGGCAUAACAUUUUUUAAAAGGGCAGUUCACUGCAUCCAUCUAAUUCUUUGGGAGGGGAGGGGGCAACAGAAUCUGUAUUGUUUUGGCAACGUUGGAGAGGGGAGGGGCACUGCAUGCCUUUGGCAAUACAUCAUGUACGGACCCUGAGAUAACCAGCUGUAUAGGUGACUUUUCAGGUAGGCGUAUAUAGGUGGCUUGCUCACAGGUUUGCUGAGCAGUUUUCUUGGUAGCAUAUUGUUUGCGUAAGAACAGGACUAGCCAGUCUAUUCAUUCUGCCAAGAAACCAGAGAGCCAGUGCCUUUUCAUAUGCAAAGAAAUCCAUCUCUCCUCCAUAUAUUUCCUCUGUCCAAGUGAGCUUAGGUGGCUUCUCCUGUUCUUUUGACUAAACCAUAAGGAGAGACAGAGAGAGAUCCUUUGCCAAAGGGGCCUGGAAUCUCAAAUUAAAAAAAGAAGAAGCCCUGCCACUUUAUUUUCAAUCACUUUGUAUAAAGGAAGACUAUCUAUAGAAUUUAUCUCUCUCCUUUUUUUUUUUUAAAUUUUAAAGAGGUAUCCAGUGUUGUAGGUUUUCAAGCCUACAGUAUAGUGGUCUACGGAAAAAGACAGCAGCAAAUUUCCCAAAUAUACCGUUUAGAUCUCUUUUGAAAGGAAAAUAAUAAUAAUACAGGAAUAGCCAUUGCAAGGGUAUCUACUGCACUUCAUUUGCAAAGCGGACUCCUGACUCCACUGCUCCCUUGCCUGGUAGGAGAAGGAAAUAGCUAGACUAGGUAUUCUGCAGGUCUGAAGAAAUCCAAAAUGGGCUAUUCAGAAAAAGCAGCGUCUAAAAUGCUCUUCCUCCUGCUGCUGUUGUGCUCCGUGCCUCUUCUACAAGGCCUGCCGCUCUGGGAAAAUGAUGAUGUGGUCCCUGCCACUCCCUCCCCGCAGCUGGAGGCCCUCUCGUCAGAGGCCAUGGAUGGACCCAAGGAGGAGGAACUGGGGAUCUCUGCCGAGGUGAGGGGGUCCUCGCCCCCCAAUCCUGAAGGCCUCUCUGAGUUGCUGCAGGGGGCGCUGCUGAGGAAGGAGUUUCUGGGGGACGAGUUGAUGGAGGAGCCCAUCCUUGGAGGUAGUCCUUCCACCCUGCCCCCCUUCCAUCCUCCUGUCCAGCACCUGGAUGGCGGGAUGGUCCUUGAGACCUCCGAAGCCGCAGCCACCGGCCCUUCCCCUCUGACCACCGCAGCACCUCCCACCGGCUUUCUUCUCACAACCCCCCCAGCUUCGACAGCUGCUGCUCCUCCCCGCCUGCCCCCUCCACCUGAUGAGACAGGGUCCACCAGCCAACACAUCUCUGCCACCACAACAGCCUUCAUCCCUGAGGGUGAUGAGGAGACCACGACCACCCUUAUCACCACGACGACCAUCACCACAGUGCACACACCUGUACUUUGCAACAACAACAUUACCGACGUGGAGGGCUAUGUUGAAUCUCCAGAUUACGCUGGUGCCACUUUCUAUGGGGGCCUGGAUUGCACCUACACCAUCUCUGUUUAUAUGGGCUAUGGGAUAGAAGUACAGGUGCAGAGUCUGAACCUAUCCAAGGAGGAUUCACUGACGGUGGAAGGUCUAGGAGGGGAGAAGCCUGUUGUCUUGGCCAAUGAAUCCUUGAUGGUUGAGGGGCAAGUGAUCCGUAGCCCAACCAAUCAGGUGUUGAUUCACUUUCAGAGCUACCACACCACAACCCCUGGAAUUUUCAAAUUCCACUAUCAGGCUUUUCUACUCAGCUGUGGCUUCCCCAGCCGACCAGAGAACGGGGACGUCAUGGUGACCGACCUCCACCCAGGUGGUUCCGCCACUUUCAAGUGUGAGUCAGGUUUCCACCUGCGAGGUGAGGAGACACUCAUCUGCCUCAACGUCAGCCGACCUCGCUGGAGUGGCACUAGCCCUGCCUGUGUGGCUUCCUGUGGAGGGACAGUUCACAAUGCCACUCGUGGGCGUAUUGUGGCUCCUGAGGCCCCCGGCGGGCCUCGUGGUCGGAAUCUGACAUGCCGUUGGUUGGUGGAGGCACCUGAAGGCCAGCGGCUGCAUCUGCACUUUGAGAGAGUGGCACUGGAUGAGGAUAACGACAAGUUGAUGAUCCGUAGCGGGAGCAGCGCCUUUUCCCCUAUCAUCUAUGACUCUGACAUGGAUGAUGUCCCGGAACGGGGGUUGCUGAGUGAUGCCCAGUCUCUCAUCGUGGAGCUGACCAGUGAGGGCCCUGCCACUCCUCUCAUCCUCAGCCUGCGCUAUGAAGCUUUUGAUGAAGACCGGUGCUAUGAACCGUUCCUGGCACAUGGGAAUUUCAGCACGUCGGACCCAUCCUAUCACGUGGGGACUUUGGUUGAAUUUGCCUGCAGUGCUGGAUACAUGCUUGAACAGGGGCCAUCAGCCAUUGAGUGUGUUGAUCCAAGAGAUCCCCGCUGGAACGAAAGCGAGCCCACCUGCAAAGCAUUGUGCGGGGGGGAUCUCUCUGAGGCAACCGGUGUUGUCCUUUCCCCCGACUGGCCCCAGUCCUAUGGGAAAGGCCAGGACUGUGUCUGGGGCAUCCGGGUCCAGGAGGAGAAGCGGGUGUUGCUGGACAUCGAGAUCCUCAACAUCCGCAAGUCCGACGUGCUGACCAUCUUUGAUGGGGGCGACUUAACAGCUCGGAUCCUGGGGCAGUACCUAGGCCCCCACCCUCGCUUCAGCCUUUACUCUUCAGGCCCAGCUGUCACCCUCCAGUUCCAGUCGGAUCCUGGGGACCCCCUCUUUGGCCUCAGCCAGGGAUUCCUGGUGCGAUACAAGGAGGUCCCACGGAACGACACUUGCCCCGAACUGCCCGAGGUGGAGUUUGGCUGGCACACGGCUUCUCAUGCUGCCGUCAUCCGAGGCACAGUGGUGACUUACCAGUGCGAGCCAGGCUAUGACAUUGUGGGAUCUGACAUCCUCACUUGCCAGUGGGAUCUCUCGUGGAGUAACAGCCCCCCCACUUGUCAAAAAAUUGUGAACUGUGCUGACCCUGGGGAAAUCAGCAAUGGCAAACGCAGCGUGUCAGACCGACGCUUCUCCAUCGGCUCCCACGUCCAGUACUUCUGCCAUGAGGGCUACGUAGUGGAAGGGAGCAGCACGCUGACCUGUUACAACCGGGACACAGGCACCCCCAAGUGGAGUGACCGGGUGCCCAAGUGUGUCUUGAAAUAUGAGCCUUGCCUGAACCCUGGCGUCCCGGAGAAUGGGUACCAGACACUUUAUAAGCAUCACUACCAGGCGGGAGAGUCCUUGCGCUUCUUCUGCUACGAAGGCUUUGAGCUGAUUGGCGAAGUGACCAUCACCUGCAUACCAGGGCAUCCAUCCCAGUGGACCAGCCAGCCUCCGCUGUGCAAAGUGGCCUAUGAGGAGUUACUGAAUGGCCAGAAACUAGAAGUCACCCAGACGACAGACCCUUCCCACCAGAUGGAAGGCGGCAACAUUGCCCUGGCGAUCUUCCUCCCCAUCAUCGUGGUCAUCCUCCUCAUUGGUGGCAUCUAUGUCUACUAUACCAAGUUCCAGGGAAAGUCCCUCUUUGGUUUCUCUUUCUCCAGCUCCCACAGCUACAGCCCCAUCACCGUGGAGUCGGACUUUAACAACCCUCUCUAUGAGGCUGGGGACACCAGAGAAUACGAAGUUUCCAUUUAGAAGAGAUCUGAGGAUGUUAACCCGAGCGGGUUUGAAGAUCAGCGAAUGAGAACAAUUCCUGUUUCAGAGGGAAUAGUGGAAGGGGGGAGGGGCUUAAGGGAAAGGGAGGGGGGAGAGGGGUUUCCUCCUCUCUGCCACACAGAUUGGCUUUUUCUCCCUUCCUCCCCAUUUGGCUGCCUCACUGUCCACUCUCCCAGCUUUGGACGCCGUCAACUCCCCCACCCUUUGUAAAUAUCCUGUUCAAUGUGCCAAAUGCGUUUCACACACCAAACACACACACGCACACGCACACACACACACUUUUUCUGCUUUAUCUGUUGUUUACUUUUAUUUAUCUCGGUUUAUUUAUUAUCCACUCCUCCUCUCUUCCCCCUCCCUUGGUUUGUUAUUUCCUUUGCAGCUGAGGAAGAAAGAGAGUUCUCAUCCUUUUCUUUCUUGCUUGCUCCCUGCCCCACAACUCCUUUUCUAGGGAGUCGGAUGUCAGUUAUAGGUGCUGCCAUCAAAAACAAAAACAAAACUAUUUGUAACAAAGGUUGUACAAUAACAUCACCAAAAACCAGCAUAUGUGACUUGCAAGAGAACUUACCCUAAACAAGCUAUAUUUGACACUCAAAUGAACAGCAAAAAAGUCCCUACAAAAAAGAGAGAGAGAGAGACAUAAAAAACAGGUAGAGGCUACAAUAAAUUAUUUAUUUACUCAUUGCAUUUGUAUCCUGCCCGUCCUCCAAGGAAUUCAAGCUGGCACACGUGGUUCCCCUUUCUGCUAUCUUAUCUUCACAAUAACCCUGUGAGGAAGGUUAGAUUGAGAGAGAGAGUGAGUGACUUGGCUGUCAGAAUUAUACUCUAACCCUAAAUGCUCUGUAUGGAAGCCACCAAGUUUCCCUGGAAUUGGGAAUUACAAAUGGGUUCCUCUAACAAAGCCAGCAUCUGUAUUUUGAGUGGGAAUAGAGCAGAAGAGAUGACUUCUGUCUGAACAUCUAGAUAAUCUGGGUUUUACAUGGUUCCUGCAUAAUGAAUCUGAGUUGGCCUACAAGAAAUAAACCAGCAUGUAUAACUUUAAGGGGUUUCUAGUGACAUGACAGUAGCCCACGGGGCUAUAGGUAACAGUCUCCUCUGCAAUGGAAAAUGAUGCAGAAAUGAGGUACCAUCAUAGUAGCUUUACAAUCCAAUCCUGUGCAUGUUUACCCAGUAGCAAGUCCUAUUGUGUUUAAUGGGCUUACUCCCAGGAAAGUGUGCCUAGGAUCGCUGCCUACUAAGGGCUUCCUGAUUACAUUUCUGUUGCACUUCCUCUGACUUCCUUAUCCUUUGCUUGCCAACUCCACAAGCAAGAAAACCCGGGCGUCCCUAUAUGACGCAGGCCCUACAAACAGGUGUCCUUUAGCCCUUGCUUGAGAAUCCCUCUAAAUGGGCCCAGCCCUAUCCUUAGGCAGGAUGUGGUGACUUACCAGCCUCAGGCAACAGAUUCUCAGCUCUUUAGCUUGUUACCUCACUUUGGCGGUUUAGGCGUAAUGUAGAUUGUAUGCCUCAGGCCUCAAAAAGCUUUAAGAAAAAUAAAAAUGCCCGCCUGAGCAUCUUAGAGGUAGGGCCAAACCCAAUGGGACACUACAAUAUAUCACUGUCUAGUUUGAGGUUUACUUUAAAAGGGGGAAAUGCAGCCAUGUGGGGGCUUGCAGUUUUUAUGGGACUGUGAUGUGGAAUUAGGGGGGUCUUUAAUACUUUAGUUCCAUGCUUUUUCUGCCAGACCACCCCCCCCCCCCGCCCCAGCAGCUGUUUGGCACCCCUAAAGGUAUAAUUGAAACAAAUAGCACCUCUGAGAGCCUGCUGCAGCUUUGAUUCGGGGCACAGAAGACGGGUUAAACGUCCCCCUCAUCCAAGUCAUCAUGUAGCUCCUGUAGACUCCUGUGCAACUGCUCCUUUUCCCUUAAAAAACAAAUCCCAAACUACAUGAUGAUGCCGUUUAAUAUCUCAUCUCGCUUAGCUCUUAAUAUCCCUUUGAAGAGGGCUGGGGAUUUUUGAGACUCCUAGUUAGCUGUCAGGCCCUCCAGAAAUUUGGUUCGGGUGGCUUCUAGAAAUGUAGGGUACCAUCUUCUGGGAAGUUUUCCUGUUCAAGCCCUAUGGAUCAGUUUUUGUGUAGCCUGUGUUGACUUAAGACCUCUGUGUACUUGAGGCAGGGCUCCAAAUUCCACCGCCCUCAUUUUGUGCUCUCUCCUCUUCUUCCCCCCUUUUUUAAAAGUGGGGGCAGAAGGGUGUCUUGCCACCUCAGUGCCAUCCCAAUAAUCACCUGCCUGUGGAAGGGCUGUCUCUGUGUGUAGCUCUGUUCAUUUUAGUGGCACCUGUGGAGAAGAUCUUCCUAGGGGAUCGUGCCCUAGGAAACAAAACUAUUUGUUUCCCAGCUUUUCUGGCUCCUAAACGUGUGGUGUCAGCUCCUAAGCCUCUGAAACCUUUCUCCAGUUCUGCCUUUUAAAAUUGAGGCUGAACAUGAGUCCUGAACAUGCCCCUUUAAAGAAUGAAAUGGGGAGGCCAUCUUGUUUUUGAGCAUAUAUAUUCCUUGAAUAGUGUCAGUAACAUUUGGGACAAUAAUUCUGCAGGUUUUUCUCGAAGGGUAAAAUGCUGGCAGAUAGCAUGUCUCUUUCAUGAAUCAUAAACCACUGAAAGCCUUGGAGAGUUUUAAGAACAGUUGUGCCAUUUUUAAUGUUUAUUUUUUGUGUUUAGUUUGCAGUCCUUUAAGGAAAAAGAAGUGUACUGUAUAUAUUCCCCCAUUUAUCUAGUAUGCAUACAAAAAACAAGCAAACGGAGGGCUUGGUAGCCUCUGCUUCUUCAUAGUAGCCGUUGAUUUAUAAAUGACAGAAGAAUAUUUACUUUGGAAAUGACAGUAAUCCUUUUGAGGGUUGAUUUUCUUUUAAAGGGGAUAUCUUCAGUAUACUGCUUUAUGGAUUAAAUAUAGAUGGGUACAAACAAAAGGAGGGUUUUACUGACAAUUCCCUUUUUCAGUCUCGGAGUAGGAGAUCACUCAGAUAUGGCAUCCUCUUUAUGGAUGUUUCAGAAUUGGGGUAGGGGGCUUUUCAUGCAGCUCUCUCCUUUAUCUCCUUGGGGUGGGGGGAAGCAGGAACCACAUUGGCAAAAUAUGUGAGAAUGUCUUUAAGAAAUCAAACACUGAAAGGAACCUCAUCCCUUGGAGAAACCCUCCAUAAGCAUAUAGGAAAACCCUGAUGGAUUUACCCAAUUGUUCAAGCUGGGGGGGAAAGGAAACUUAAGGCCCCAAGGGGGUGUGUGGGUUGUCUUGAUUCAGAACUGCACCCGCCCAUCUACCUCCAAUAUGGGGCUGAAUACAGAAAUAAUGGCUGACAUACAGAGCAAGGACACACCAUGCAGUGAAAGCAGCGGCCUAACAGAGCUUUCAAAAAAACUGCAUUGGUACAGCGGGAAAGCAGAAAUUUUUUACUCUCUCCCCCUCCCCAGGAAGCCUUCUGUGCUACCCAAAAAUACAUCCUUGAGGGUUGUGCAACCCUUGGGGACAUAGUUUUGGGUAACACACAAGGUUUCCUGGGUAGUGGAAGGUGUCAAAAAUUGCGGCUUUCCUGCUGCAUGGUGCAUUGAGAAGGUCUUUUAGGUUUCUCUCUUGCUGCACCGGUACAUUCCUGCUCUGUAUUUCAGCCAUUAUUUAUCUGUCCUUUGUAGUAUUAUCAGAUGGACUCUUAUCCCCGUGGCUGUUCUCUUGCAUUUUGGAAAAGGGCAAAAAGGAUCAAUUACUCCAGCUUUUCUUCUUCCUCCAUGGACAACCCUGUUAGCCUGCUGGUUCCAUUCAUACUGUGGGGGAAAGCCAGUGAGAGGCGACUCCAAGGAAGAAGGAAUUUUCUAGGGAAUGCUUCCCUUUGCAUCUUUACCCUUCACACCCCUAUUUUUCAGCCCUUGGGUAUUCCCCCCCCCCAUUUUGCUUUUAUUUUGGAGCAAUAAAUAAAACGCACCAUUUGUAAAA